UACAUUAUCAGACGAGUGACGAAAUCGAAUACGAUGUGCACUCAGUAUCGAAUCGCCGCGCGUCGCGAAAGCGCGUCCGUACCGUGUUCUACCGUAUUUUAGUUUUUGAGUGAAGUUAAGGAUUUAUUUAUUUUUUAACAUGGCGUGCCCUAUGAGGUCAGCGUUAGACGAGAGCAUGGCACAAGAAGGUGAUUGCCUAGGCAAUGAAGCCGGCAUGCUGUAUGGAGAGUACCUCAUGCUGGACAAGCUCCUAUCAGCACAGAGGAUGCUCAGCGCCGAGUCUUCGAAACCAGUCCAUGAUGAGCAUCUUUUUAUUGUCACCCAUCAAGCAUACGAGCUAUGGUUCAAGCAGAUAAUCUUCGAAGUGGACUCCGUAAGGGCACUCCUGGAUGUAGAAGGUCUGGAUGAGAGCCACACCAUGGAGAUCCUGAAGAGGCUCAACAGAAUCGUGCUUAUUUUGAAGCUGUUGGUAGACCAAGUGAUGAUCUUGGAGACGAUGACACCUCUGGACUUCAUGGACUUCAGGAAUUACCUGCGCCCGGCGUCUGGCUUCCAGAGCUUACAGUUCCGUCUUUUAGAAAAUAAGUUGGGUCUGAAACAAGCGCUACGUGUGAAGUACAACCAGAGCUACCAGACCGUUUUCGGAGACGACCCUGAAGCCAUGGAUGCUUUGCAAAAAUCAGAACAAGAGCCAGCCCUACUAGCUCUGAUCGAGCGGUGGCUGGAGCGUACACCCGGCCUCACCACACACGGGUUCAACUUCUGGGGCAAGUUCCAGGCUGCCGUCAACAAACUCAUUAAAGAUGAUAUUGAUGCUGCUUCUCGUGAAACAAACGAGACGGUUCGUCGUCACCGGCUUCAGGACGCAGAGAACAGGCGCGAGAUCUACCGCUCCAUCUUCGACCCUGCCGUCCACGACGCCCUCAGGUCCAGGGGAGAACGAAGGUUAUCCCACAAGGCGUUACAAGGCGCUAUAAUGAUAACGUUCUACCGCGACGAGCCUCGCUUCUCGCAGCCGCAUCAACUGCUCACGCUGCUCAUGGACAUCGACAGCCUUAUUACUAAGUGGCGAUACAACCACGUGAUCAUGGUACAGCGCAUGAUAGGCUCUCAGCAGCUCGGCACCGGCGGAUCUUCCGGAUACCAAUAUCUUCGCUCCACACUCAGUGACCGUUACAAAGUGUUCCUGGACUUAUUUAACCUGUCAACAUUCUUAUUGCCGCGUUCCCUCAUUCCCCCAUUAGACGACGGUAUGAAGAGAAGUCUUAACCUAACUUGGGGGGACUCCGUCAAAGAAAACGGUCAGAAUGGGGACAACGCUCAAAAUGGGGACAACGCUCAAAAUGGAAUCGAAUCUUCAUUAUAGGGUUGGAUUGUUGUUUGUUUUUUUAAGUGGCAUUUAAUGUUAAUUAUGAAUUUAUUAUUUUUUAAAUGUUUGUUCUAAUAAGGUUUUUGCAAUCCAAUUCUAGGCCUGUAAAAAUUUAGGACUGUGCCUGUGUGUUGCCUUGGCGUAUAUUUUCGAGAUUUAAAAAAUCGUCAACGCUUUUAAAUAUACCUUACUAUGGAUACGGAAUCCAAUUUGUAUGAUUAAAUUUGCUCAGGUGUAUUUUAAUGUGUACCUAAGUAGAGCGGUAAUUUUAAAAUGAAGUAAGGAAUUUAAUCUAUUCCCGAAUUACGUUUGUACUUUGAUUUUUAUUUCAUUUUAAUCAACUGAUUUAUAUUAACUGUGCAAAACUAUCUUAAGAAGAUCAAUACAUACCUAUAUCGAAUUUCAGCCCAGUAAUUGUGUUAAGUAAAUAACAUUAUUUUAAGUAAAUAAAUGCAUCAAUAAUUUAGUUGCUUUAUUUCAACAAAUCCAAUAAAUACAGUUUAUUAUUACACUAUAUAUGGCAAUAUUUUUUAAAACUUCAUAAAAAUUGCAUUCUCAAAAUAUAUUUUAUACACUCAAUAAAAAAAAAAUAUAAGGAGGUUGGGGACCAACGCUACUUAAAAUAACUUUCCCCCUAAGCCGGCAUCACAAUAGGUGCUUCUACAACUUUAUCAGUAUUAUAAACUCCAAAUCUAUACACAACUCUA